CGCGGAGCGGACGGGAGCGCAGCGCAGCGCAGCCGCGGGGAGCCGAGCAGCGCGCGGAGCCGGCCAUGGGCAAGUCAGCUUCCAAACAAUUUCAUAACGAGGUCCUGAAGGCCCACAAUGAGUACCGACAGCAGCAUGGCGUCCCCCCACUGAAGCUCUGCAAGAAGCUCAACCGGGAGGCUCAGCAGUAUUCUGAGGCCCUGGCCAGCACGAGGAUCCUCAAGCACAGCCCAGAGUCCAGCCGCGGCCAGUGUGGGGAGAACCUCGCAUGGGCAUCCUACGAUCAGACAGGAAAGGAGGUGGCUGAUAGAUGGUACAGCGAGAUCAAGAACUACAACUUUCAGCAGCCUGGCUUCACCUCGGGGACUGGACACUUCACGGCCAUGGUGUGGAAGAACACAAAGAAGAUGGGAGUGGGAAAAGCAUCUGCAAAUGACGGGUCCUCCUUUGUGGUGGCCAGAUACUUCCCAGCAGGGAAUGUCGUCAACCAGGGCUUCUUCGAAGAAAAUGUGCUGCCUCCAAAGAAGUAACUUGUCCAAUGUAAUGGGAAGGUGGCAGAUUUAAGAAUGUGAUACGAAGUGCCUAGAACAACCGAAACCCAGCUGUGUGUGUGUCCCUGUGGAUGUAUGUGCUUGUGUGUGUGAGGUGCGUGAGCGUCUCUUGUACACACGCUUGGACAUACACUUCUGCGGGAGCUCAUUCGUAUUAAAGGAUGAGCAUCGGAAGCAUUUACUCCGAUGGUUACCUAGACCACAAUUGUUUGGAUUCGGGGGAGAAGUCAAUUUUUUAAAAUUUGAUGUUUUUAAGCAAACUUCUUUUGUACCUCUUCUUACUUCUAAUAUCCAUCCCUGGACUUUAUGUACUCCAAAUACUUGUUAUCUGUGAUGCUGAGAAGUGAAGUUCAUUUUAUGUGAUCUUCAUGCAUUGUAAUCUACUUUUGGUAGAUAUUUAAGAGUAUUAAACCCUCAUUUAAAUGUGA